AUGCUGCCCGCCGUACCGAGCCUCCUCCGCGUCGCCUCUCUCCUCGGCGUCGAGCCCUCCGCGACGAGCUCGUCACCGUCGACCACCGCGCCAAGCGCCUCCGUCUACAACAAACUGGGGCCGGCCUCUACGAGGGGGUUGCUGCGCCGAGCUCCUCCACAACCGACGCCCACGACGAUGUGCCCCGACCCCGCGACGCCGAGCAGCAACAACGUCGACCGCGACCUCGACGGAGCUCCUCGUCGCGCCCCCUGCUUCAGGCCACGAGCUCCCUCCUCUGCGUCGAUCCUUCCGCACCGACCAGGAGCCGCCGCGCCGCGCCGAGCUUCGUCUGCGUCCUUGCCACGGCCAUCCUCGACGCCUCGGCCGCGCCCCUUCCUCUGCGUCAAGCAUCGUCACCAUGCAGGGGUCAGCUGCGGUGCCGUCCUCACUGCCCCACGGCCUCGCCCGGCGACGUCGAGCCCGCUGCCCGGAACAGCGACGUCCUCGCCCCUUGCCGAGCCUCGGCCGAACCCCGGUGACCGCGGCCCUAUCCUCGCCUUCGAGCACAGCACCGCGAGCAGAGGACCACCCCAACGUCGUCCAUGA